GAAAUUUUACUUUUAAGCCAUAAAUUGCAUUUGUCUAUCUGCAUGAAUCACUUCUGACAGUUUUACCAGACACCUGGUAAUGCUUGGUGAUGGCCCACAGCAGGUGAUUGACAGCCCCAGAUGUGCAUGGUUUCCUAUGGGCAGGGGCAGACUGACCAUUUGGAAACUCGGGCGCUGCCCGAGGGCCCGUGGUCAGUAGGGGGCCCCAUGAGAUGCCCCUGGCACCUUUUUCAUAGGCUUUUUUGAGUUUGGGCAAGGACACAGGGACCCCAUGAUCCCGUAUUGCCCGGGG